CCUUUUCAUACAACUAUAUUAUUCUAUCUAUACUAGACCAAGAAAUCUAACAUCAAAAUCCCUUUUUAGUUUCUAUCCCCGAAUACCCUCUUCAUAUAUAUCCAAAACAAGAAAACAAAAUAUUGAAAAGCAAAUCAAUCUUUAAUCAUCAAGAAUGACUUGUAAUUUCCACUUCUUAUUGAUUCUUGUUUUCUUGAUUUCACUCCAACCAACAAUUUCCACAUCAUCAUCAAUUGAUUUGAUCCAAAAAACAUGUAAGAACACAAAAUACUAUGAUCUUUGUGUGUCAUCUCUCAAAUCAGAUUCCACAAGUCUCAAAGCAGACACAAAGGGGUUAGCAACUAUCAUGGUCAAAAUUGGAAUGGUCAAUGCCACAGCCACAAACACUUUUCUUUCUUCACCUGAAUUAGUAGUUAAUACUACUAAUUACACAAAUAAUGAUUUGGCAUUAAUGAAGAAACUCCUCAAAGAUUGUGCUGAUAAAUAUACAUUAGCCACUAAUGCACUUCAAGAUUCACUUCAAGAUUUGAAUAAUCAAGUUUAUGACUAUGCUUACAUGCAUGUUAUGGCCGCGGCUGAUUAUCCUAAUGUUUGUCACAAUGGAUUUAGGAGGAAUCCAAGAUUAGAUUAUCCAUCUCAACUUGCUAUUAGGGAAGAUGGAUUUAAACAUAUUUGUGAUGUGGUUUUAGGUAUUCUUGAUGCUCUUGGUUGGUGAAUUUUUUUUGCUUUUACUCCCGGAAACAGAUCAAGUGGAGACGGAAUGGGGCCUGUAGCUCAGAGGAUUAAAGCAUGUGACUACGUACCACGGUCCCCCCUCCCCCUUUUAUGGGGUUCAAUUUCUUGCUUCUUUUUUACUUUUUCUUUUUUUCAUGUGAUAUGAAAAAUGUUAACUUUUUCUAUAAUUAUGUGUUUUGGUUGGUCUUGUCAUA